GCAGCACCGAUUCGGGGAAAACACGUGCUUGUCAAAGACCCCUGGCGAGGAGGAUGCCUCGAGAUGUCUUAAUUUAUCAUAAAUUCAGCCCUUUUCUGAGCCAAGAAUGAAGUCUGGAGCGAUUGGUGCUUCCUUGGAUUUCAUGGUUUUCCUGGAUCCUGUGGGUAGAGCACCAUAUCUUAUUUUACAACUUUACACACCGUGAUGACAAGGAAACGCCGUUCAGAAAGCUUGGUGUGGCUUUGUUCUGCGAAAAGAAAUCCCAAUAAUUCCACAUCCCGGCCCUGUUGGGCCAACCCUUUCACUUUUCGGCAAGCAAUGCCGCCCUACGAGGCGAGGAAUCCAGCGCUCACCGAGCUUCAUGUUUAUCCCAGCAGUGACCAAGGAUGAGCGAUGAACUGUUUCUCUCUGGGCACUUAGAGGGUUCUAGACUCUACUCCAUCGCCCAAUCCCAUCUCCAAUCAGCAUGCGGACCGCAUGCCACUGCAUGCCGCAGCCUUUCUGGGGCACGGUUGACCAGCUCCAUCACAAGCACUGCGGGGUGAAGCCAUGGGGUUUCACCUGAGACCAGAGGAUUUGCUGCGAGGUCACAAUGUGCAUGGUCUCUUCGACGACUUCCCGAUGCCUUCCUUCCCCUCGGUGCCCUCAUGGGCUGGUCUUCCGAGUUUCGAGGAUCUUCAAAGGCACCUCUUGGGGGAAGCUCAAGACCCAGGUGCCGCGGAGUUUAGCCCAGGUGACGAAGGCAUCUUGCGCUACUUGAAAAGGGCCGAGCUGAACGGUCAGAAGGCGUUGGUGCUGAGGGUUGACGCGAAGCGCUCCAGAGGCAUUUUCGUGCGAGUGGGUGACUCGGGGCGGAAAGUCCAAAUCCAUUCCGAGAAGCUGCACCGAACCGGGAGCGCUUUGGUGGCUGGCUGGUACUACACGGGCAAAGGUCGUCGUGUGCAAGUGCUUGGCUUCCAGCCCGAGAAGGGCAUGUACGAUGUCUUGCUAGAGAACGGCCAGCCGGCCGUGUGCAAGAGAGAGAAUCUCAGGUCGAGUCCCGCCUCCAACCUCGCGGCCAGCGCGCGCAGCGGAGCCGCAGCCCGGAGCCGCAGCCGCUCGCCGCGCACGCGCACGGCGAGCCGCUCGUCACCCGCGGCCACUGCACGGGGCACUGCAGCGGAGCGGCCGGCGCGGCAAGGCGUGUGCGUGGUGUGCCUGACGCAGCCCGCAGAGAUGGCCGGGCGAGAGUGCUUUCAUUUGUGCAUUUGCCGGAGCUGUCACCAAAAUCUGCCUUCGAGGCAAUGCCCAAUGUGCCGGAAGGAACAGCUCUUCCGGCAAGUUUACGUUGCGAACGUGGACUGAAGAGGAGCCCCAAGAAGGAUGUCACUCUGUGAGAGGGAAUCCAGUGUGCCAACAGCGCAGAUGUACAUGAAGCUGGCUCAUGUUUGAGCAGCUGACAAUUGGAGUCCAAAGAAUGACGAGCUCUAAUUCCGAAUUGAAGCUGUGGGCCCAUGCUGUAGCUCGGGGUUUUCCGAUCAA